AAUUCUCAUCCUCAUUGAUCCAUUUUUUUUUCUUUCUUUCGUUCUCUCUCUCUCUCUCCUUUUUUUUUUUUUUUACCUUUACGUUUGAUCGAUCUAAACACGAGUAUCAUCCACUAUCUAGAUUUGAUUCUUGCCACACUUUGGUGCACAACCCCAUGAUGAAACAUAGAACUCAAAAGAUAGCCAAUAACACUCGAAAACUUUGCAGUAGGGGCCACGUUAACAAUCAAUUAAUUAAUUGAUAUAUAUGUGCAAAUAUCUCUCUCUUACACACAUAUAUAUAUCAAUCAGUUUUUGAAGUGGAUCCCAGAGACAUGGAGGGAAGAUCAAUAUCACAUUCUUCUGAAAGAGAAGAGGAAUAUGGUUUGUUCCCAAUAUAUUCUGAAAGGUCCCAGCAAGACAUGUCAGCCAUGGUUUCUGCUCUCACACAAGUCAUUGGUGGCUCCAAUAGUGAUUCUCUUCAUAUGCAUGAAGGCCUUUUAACUUCCUCACACAACAACACCUCAACCCAGAAUACUAACGAACAAUCCCAAGUACAACAACAAGAACAAGGGAGUGUAAGAAGAAGACACUACAGAGGAGUGAGGCAGCGUCCAUGGGGAAAGUGGGCUGCAGAGAUUCGCGAUCCAAAGAAAGCAGCGAGGGUAUGGCUUGGAACAUUCGAAACUGCUGAAGCUGCAGCUCUUGCUUAUGAUGAAGCUGCUCUCAGAUUCAAAGGAAGCAAAGCAAAGCUCAAUUUCCCUGAAAGGGUUCAAGGCACAGCUAGCGAAUUUGGUUACCUCACAAAUCAGCACAUGUCAUCAAGCAGCACUAAUUCUAACCCUGUUGCUCCACACUUGACUACUCAAGAAACUUAUUCACCAAGUCACUUUCAAUAUGCUCAGCAACAAUUCAUGAGUGGUGGGAGUAACAGCUUCAGUAACCAAGAUAUGCUUCGUUUCUAUGGGGGAGACAACAUGUUUGUUUCUUCUCAGCAAUCUGCAUCUUCGUCUUCUUCUACUGCACUGUCUCAGCAGCAGCAAGAAGAGUUGCUGAAAUUUUCGAUGCAAUUUGGAGGUUCUUCUCAUUCUAAUCAUUCUGGGAAUUGGAGGGGUGGACAUUGAAGAGGAUACGAUAUAUGGAUGUUUGUUCCGCAACAACUCAUGGUUUCUAAUUUGUUUUUCGUCAGUCACGGCACUGCAUGCUGUUAUGAUAUUUUCAUGACCUUAAGUUAUUUUUAAUUAUUUUAAUCUCCUGUAUGUGUUGUCAAUGAUGAAAUGUUUGUUUAAUUUGAAAAAAAAAGCAUGUUGUUGGUAUACCUUUGUCUUGAUUAAAGAAGGAAAGAGCACGAAAUCUGAGCUCCAACA